GUUCUUAUGGAGAACUUGCGUUUUUAAUUGAAAGAUUGAAGUAUUGCUCAUUCUGAUCUUUUCGUUUGGUCAAUUUCUUCUGGAGGACAUCUUUUGAGAAGCCUAAAUAAUGCAGGCUAUCAGAGACCUCAAGCACAAUUUCAGCCUCCCUCCUCCACCUUCCAUGGCUGGAGCUGGUGAUUCCUAUCACCAGGGCAACAUCCGAAUGACUCUGGAGGAUCCGGAGCUCUGGAGAUCCUUCCAUGAGAUCGGCACUGAGAUGAUCAUCACCAAACCUGGCAGGAGGAUGUUUCCACAUUGCAAAAUAAGCUUGUCUGGAUUGGUUCCAUAUGCAAAGUACAUCUUACUGGUGGACAUGGUGCCCGAAGAUGGUCUCAGAUACAAGUGGAACAAGGACAAGUGGGAGGUCGCUGGUAAGGCUGAGCCUCAGCCGCCUUAUAGGACGUACCUGCACCCAGAUUCUCCAGCGCCUGGCAGCCACUGGAUGAAACAGCCUGUGUCUUUUCUCAAGCUCAAGCUGACCAACAAUGCACUGGACCAGCAUGGACAUAUUAUCCUUCAUUCCAUGCACCGCUACCAUCCGCGUUUCCACAUCGUCCAAGCUGAUGAUCUGUACAGCGUACGCUGGAGUGUUUUCCAAACCUUCACCUUCCCCGAAACCUCCUUUACCGCUGUCACUGCAUACCAGAACACAAAGAUUACAAAGCUGAAAAUUGACCACAACCCCUUUGCCAAAGGAUUCAGAGAUGAGGGCACAAACUCUAAAAGACGAGCAAACAGAAGUCUGGCUGAUCCUGAAAGAGUUGCGAAGAAGAUGAACUUGUCAAAAGACUCCGAACAUGGAAGCCCGCGAGAUAUCCAGCAGUCCUCAAGUGAGGGUCUGGAGGAUGAACACGUGGGCCGUAAGGAGUCGGAAGUGAAGGCCGAGCGCUACUCCCCAUGGGGAGGCGCGUGUGACCGGGACAAUGGCCACCCUCUCCGUGCUGAGUCCCCUCUAGGCUCAGAUCCUCGGGACAUGUACAGCUCUGAACAGCUCGUACCUGGACAGAACACCUACCAGCCCUACCGAUUUCAUGAAUACGGCAAAUCACCCUCGCCAUCCUCCUCCAGUGUCGGCAGCAGUGGAUGCGGAAGCCGCUCCAGCUUCGAGUCCCGUGUACCGGAUGUUGCCACCGUCCCCGAUCAGGACACCUCCAGCAAGCCCUCCGCCCCUGAGUUCGGCCUGCCUCCCUGCCCGCCGCAUCCCUCCGCGGGGCACCAGGAAUACGCAGGGGUGCUGAACAUGGCCAUAGCUCAGGCCAAGCCAGGUAUGCUGGGCCACCAUCCUCUCUACACGCCCUACAGCACAGAACAAUCUCUGGGACAGUGGAGUGGGGCAGCGUCCACUCAAUACCCGCCUCCUCCACCUCCCCAUCAUCACCUGCCCACCGAAUACAGCACCCAGGCCGUCCAUCACGGCUAUCAUCACGGAAAUGUAGGGGACUGGAGCCAAUACCCACUGUUCUCUUACUCAUGCUGGUGAGCGAGAGACGGGACGCUUUGUAAAGUCUUGCACGACGAGGUCUGGAUCUUCAGAUGAUGGUGCACGUCAUCCCGGUACCUGCGUGAAACAGAACUGUGAGCGAAGUGGCACUAACUAGAAUGUUGUUCGUGAGUCAACUUUGAUGCGAAUAGAAAAUAAAGAACCUGCUUCGGUUUCAUUGAAGAAAAGGCCGUCUGCUGAUCUGAGGGUCGGCCGAGAGAAAAGACAAUGUGCUUGUUAACUGUGCUGCAUUAAACGCAUUUGGAAAUGGACUUUUGAUACUUUUUGACCUGAAAAAUCAUGCCUGCAUAGCAAGGACCAAGAACGGACUGGUUUUCUUGGCUUUGUUGUUAAAAUGUCUAUUUAUUCUGUGUUUGCUUUUGCUGCUACUUAAUAUUAUUUUUGUUAAAAAACAGAAUCGUGUAGUGUAAAAAAUGCUGUUUGGAAAUUGCA